UGUUGACUCGCGAUCCCGUCACAUGAUCUUGAAGUGAACGGAGCGGGCGGCGGAGCAGCGGCGCCGGAACGGUCAUGGCCAUGGAGGGCGGCAUGAAGUGCGUCAAGUUCCUCGUUUUCGUCUUUAAUUUCAUCUUCUGGGUGUGCGGCGUGGCCCUCAUCGCCAUCGGCCUCUACGCCCAAGUGGCCCUCAACAAGGCGCUGGUGGUGACGAGCGCCUCGGCCUCCAGCACACCCAUUGCCAUCGUCGUCGUGGGCGUCAUCAUCUUCUUCAUCUCCUUCUUCGGCUGCUGCGGCGCCUGGAAGGAGAGUUACUGCAUGGUCACCACGUUUGCCGUCCUGCUCAGCCUCAUCUUCCUGGUGGAGAUUGCCGCGGCCAUCGCCGGAUACGUCUUCAAGGACAAGGUGCGCGCGGUGCUGGAGCAGGGGCUGCAGGAGGCCGUGCAGAAGUACGGGGAGGACGCGGCGCUGCGGGAAGGGGUGGACGAGCUCCAGGAGGAGUUCCACUGCUGCGGCAUCAACAACUACACAGACUGGGCCAACGUGGCGCCGUUCAAGGGCAACGACACGGUGCCGCGGUCCUGCUGCCGCGUCAACAGCACCACCUGCAACGUGCACCCCAGCCCCGCCACCGUCUACGAGGAGGGCUGCGUGAGCAGCCUCGAGGCCUGGAUGAAGAAGAACAUCGUGGUGGUGGCCGCCGUGGCGCUGGGCAUCGCCUUCUUCGAGGUCCUGGGCAUCAUCUUCGCCUGUUGCCUCAUGAGGGGCAUCCGCAGCGGCUACGAGGUCAUGUAGAGCCGGGACCCCCGUGCCAACCCCGACCCCCCGCGGGGGGGGCGUUGCCCUCAGACCUCUCCCUGGCUGCCAGGGGGGAGUCUU